AACUCUUUUUAGGGCCAAUGAUGGCAGCUGUGCAGGAGAAGACCGCAUUCGGAAGGCCAAAGACAGCCCACUGGAGUGGAGUGAAAACUCAAAGCUUGCAGCCACAGAUACCAUGCUGGGCCCUGUCAAACUCACACAGCAAGCGAGACUCUGUGUCCUCAAUGACAAUGGAUCCACAGGGCUGUCGAAAUGAGCAGAACCACUUGCCUUGUACAGACAGUCAGUGUCCAAAGUGUCCCAACACUUCAACCAACCAUCUCAAAACCAUCUGCAGGUGUUUGCCUUCUCAAAAGGACAUUGGAAGAUUUUCCUGUUUGAAUGAAGAAGGAGUCAGAGGGACUGAAGAGAUAAGGCCCAGCUCUGCCCACCAUGCUGUGGCCAAUGGCACAGGAGGCGAGUUGCCAUGGUACCUGACUGUAAUACACGAGAAGGAGCAGUGUUUGUUAAAGCUCAGCGAGGAGAUGAGUCGCCUGUCAGAGUUUGAGUGGCAGUGCUGCAGGAAAGAUAAUGAGAUAUCAGUGCUCAAGGAGAAGCUGACAGAAGUCACAGAUCAACUUUGUCUUGCUCACAAUGAUGAAGCAGUCAAAGCCCAGGCAGAGCUGAUCCUGAGCUUGAGUAAGGAGAUCCAGCGCCUGCACAGGGUGGAGGAGGAGGAGGCCCUGGAGAAGGGUCAGUUAAUCACAGAGCUGAGGGAGGAGAUCCAGAGGAUGGAACAGCCCAGCUCUCAGUGUGCUACCGGGGUCUCCACAGGGCGGGGCACACAGUCGGCUCACUUUAAGAUGCAACAAGAAGCACCGCAGAACACGUGCCCCGAUUCAGAACCAGAGAAUGUUGGGAACUUGGUGUCACUGGCUGAGCAAGAUGAAUGUGAGAUGACGAAAAAGGCCCUGAUGCAAGAGUUGGAGGAUACCAAAAAUAACUACAUGAUCUCCACUGGUACGGUCUGUUCUCUGAAGCGAGCCCUGUCCAUCAAAGACAGCGAGCUGGCCGCAGCCAGGGCCCAGGUGGAGGAGCUAAAACAGGAGCUGAGGGACAGGAUGGCACAGCUACAGGCCAUGUCCAGAAAGUUUUCUUGUCUACGGGAGGGAAAGGCCAACGAGGAACUUAUUGCAGCACUGGAGACCGAAAAUUAUGCCCUGCGGCAGCUGACAGCACAGCUGAAGGAGGAGGUGUCGCAGAAGGGCCAGGAGGCGGCCGGGGUCACGGGCGAGCUGCGGCGGCUGCAGACGGACCUGGCGAAGGAAAGGGCUGCUCAGGCUCAGCUGGAGAGGCAGGCCCAGGCCAAUCAGGACAUUAUCACCGCCCUUCACCUGCAGCACAACAGAGCCAAAGUGUCCCUGGAGCAGGUGCAGACCAGGUUUGAAAGGCUGCGGGUGAAGAUCGUUCAGGCUGCCUAUUCUGCUCCUGGUGCUAAACAACCCCAGGCUGAAAUCACUGAUGCUGCCCUUCUUCGGACCAUGCAGAAAAUAAUCGACGAUCGGACAGCGUUCCACCAAAGACUGCAACAGAAAGGAGAGAAAAUGGCUUCCCUCACAACAGCCGAGACACACAGCGUAAAAACCACACCCGCCUCAGAUAAGAACUGAAACCGACGUGUGGCAGAGAGGGAAGGUGUUGCCAUAUUCUCUCACGGCUGAAUACAGCGGCUGUAGCAUUUUUGUCGAUUUGUCGAUUUUGUCGAUAGAGAACGUUGUACCUCUAGUUCUAAAAUCAUGUUGUUUUUGCUAGAAGUUACCUAAAAAUGGUAAGUGGAAUGUAGAUUCAGUCGAGCUCAAGUGUUUCUUUAAAUCAUGAUGUAGACUGAGCAAUUAAUUAUAGAAUACACUACAUUAAGAUCAAUUGGUUAGAAUUAAGAUUAUUUUCAGAAGGGUAGGGUAAAUUGUAUAAUUUUCACACUUGUAUUGAACCAAUUUAUGAAAUGUGGUAACAUUC